AUGAACCAUCCCAGAUCUAGCAACGGCGACGAAGCCGACAGACCCAACUUAAAUAACCUGAACGCUAACAUAAGAGAUGAGAAGACCCCACGCUCCACCGCCCCUACUAACAACGACAACACCACCAUCACUGUCGUCGCCAGCAACAGCAACAAGAUCCCCUAUGGCCAGUACCAAAUCGACAUUUACUUUCAAGCCCUCACGGCGGGAAAGAAGCCCGUCACCACCACCGAUCCCAACAAACUUGAACAGCAAGCCCGGGAGGCGAUGAGCCCCCAGGGAUUCAACUAUGUGUUCGGAGGGGCAGGCGAGCAAGCGACGAUGCACGCCAACCGGCUGGCUUUCCGGCAGUGGAAGGUCAUACCCCGUAUGUUGAGAGACACACUGCCUCGCAAUCUAAGUGUGAAGCUGUUUGGCAAGACAUAUGACUCCCCCAUCCUCAUGGCCCCCAUCGGUGUGCAAUCAGCCUACCACCCCGACGCAGAAACCGGCGUCGCCAAAGCCUGCGCCGCCCUCAACGUCCCAUUUAUCUACAGCACCGCAUCCAGCACCCCCCUAGAGGAGAUCGUCGCGGCUCUAGAGGACACAGGAGGCCCCAGCCCGCCCUCACCAGAAACAGAAGAGCCCGCCCCACCGGCGCCGGCGGAUGAUCCCGCAACGGCAGCAUCAGCAUCAGCAUCAGCAGAAGGAAAAGACCCAGGACCAGCCAGACUGCCAACCUCGUCCGCUUCCACCCUAGUCCCUGAUCCCAAGCCGUCCAGGUGGUUCCAACUCUACUGGCCCCUCGACGAUGACAUCACCGCCUCUUUGCUCUCCCGAGCCCGGGUAGCUGGCUGUGAGGUCUUGGUCGUAACACUGGACACCUUCACCAUGGCCUGGCGGCCCCUCGACCUCGACACAGGGUUCCUCCCCUUUGCCGUCGGGGAGGGCAAUGCCCUCGGAUUCAGUGACUCGGUGUUUCGGCAGAAGUUUUCUGACAAGUUUAGCACCGGCGAAAACGAGGCCCAGGUGGAGGACAACAUCAUUGCUGCAAGCCGGUAUUGGGCCGGGGAGGUCUUCUCGGGGCACGCGCACAAGUGGGAGGACCUUGCCACCUUGAGAAAAUUGUGGGGGGACAGGCCGAUUGUGCUCAAGGGGGUGCUGAGCGUGGAGGAUGCAGUGUUGGCGGCGAGAAGUGGAGUUGACGGGAUUAUCGUGAGCAAUCACGGAGGGAGGCAGCUGGAUGGGGCGGUGCCUAGUUUGGAGAUGCUCCCAGAAAUUAUAGACGCCGUUGGGGACCGCUUGACUGUCAUGUUCGACUCCGGAAUCCGUACAGGGGUGGAUGUUCUGAAAGCACUGGCCUUGGGGGCAAAGGCGGUCCUGGUUGGCAGACCGGUGAUAUAUGGUCUUGGAAUUGCAGGGACAGAGGGAGCCAAGCAUGUGCUGGCUUCGCUUUUGGCUGACGUGGACCAGUCUAUGGGACUGCUCGGGGUGCAAACGGUGGGUGAGCUCAACAGGAGCAUGCUCAGAAAGAUAAGCUACGGCGGUGAUGUCAAAACAUCGCUCUAGGCAGGUGAAUACAAAAGGUGCCGCCCCUCAUGGGCCGAUCGGCAAUUCACAUUCA